AUCGAAAAGGGAACUCGAAUGAGCAAAUUUCGGGAUCUCUUCCUCGGCCGCUUCAUAAGGAUCGCUCUGCUCAUACCCAAGAUCUCUCUCUCUCUGUCAAAUCCAAGUAAAUUUUCUCUUCUUUUUUUUUCAAAACAAUGGCGGAAUCAAAGACCAGAUUUGACGAAAUCAGAGAAUGGGUCUCCGAGCACAAGCUUCGUACCGUUGGCUGUUUAUGGCUAAGUGGCAUCGCGGGAUCAAUCGCCUAUAACUGGUCUCAGCCCUCCAUGAAAACCAGUGUCAAGAUCAUCCACGCUAGGCUACAUGCUCAGGCACUGACAUUGGCUGCUCUCGCUGGAGCAGCCGCGGUGGAGUACUAUGACCACAAAGCCGCAGCUAAAGACCGCUACCCGAAAUUUCUACCGCCGAAUAACUUGUCUCACAAGGACUGAAACGAUGAAAAGCCUGCAUCAUCUGCCAUUGCCGCCUAGUAUGUUAUUAUAGAUAACAAAGUGAAAAACUUUCAUUACUACUAGAGAAACCGAUGCAUGAGUGUUUUUUUUUUUUUUUUUUUUUUUUUUUAUG